CCUUUCUCACUCUCUUCACGCCAGUCCUGCGCUGUUGCUUAUUAACAUAUCUUGUUCGUCUCGUCGAGCGUGUGAUAAAUCGGCUUAGUGUUUUUCCGCCGUGUUGUUGCGCCUCUUGAGAGGAGAAGAUGUGCUGCGCUCAGACCGGGCGAUAAGGAUGAACGAGGUUUAAGGGGCGCCUGUAAGACGGGGGCAAGAAAAGUGACAAUCUGUCCUCAUGGCGCGCUUCUUUUGAAGCAUCUCAUCAUCAUUGAUGUAUUGGCAUUUUUGACGGCACGAUGGCAUUUUAUCGCUGCCACAAGUAGGGAAUAAUAAUUCAAAAAAAAGAUGCCCAAAGCGCAUGGAGGAACAACUCCAGAUCUAAAUGGCGGAGCUUGAAGUUUGCAGAAAUCUGAGUUUAGAGAAGGAUCCUCGAGGUAGCUGUAGGGCACAAACUGCAAGCAGACACCAGGAGGGAAACACGCUGCCAUCUGUUCAGAUCAUCUUUCUCCUUUUUAAUGGAGAGAUGCAUGAGUGUGAUGCAGUCCGGGACACAGAUGGUGAAGCUGAAGGCGGGAUCCAAAGGACUGGUUCGACUCUUCUACCUGGAUGAGCAUCGCUCCUGCAUCCGCUGGAAGCCUUCACGCAAGAGUGAGAAAGCCAAGAUCACCAUAGAUUCCCUUUACAAGGUGACUGAGGGUGGUCAGUCAGAUAUCUUCCAACGGCAUGCAGAUGGCAGCUUCAAUCAGGCCUGUUGCUUUACGGUUUACCAUGGAAACCACAUGGAGUCCCUCGACCUGGUUACAUCGAACGCAGAGGAGGCCAGAACCUGGAUCACCGGCCUCGGCUACCUGAUGGCCGGGAUUAGUGAUGAGGACUCGUUGGCCAAGCGACAACGCACGCAUGACCAGUGGAUGAAGCAGACGUUUGAGGAAGCCGAUAAAAAUGGAGAUGGCCUACUGAACAUUGAUGAAAUCUACCAACUUCUUCACAAGCUGAAUGUUAAUUUGCCACGCAGGAAGAUAAAGCAAAUGUUUCAGGAGGCAGACACCGAUGAUCACCAGGGGACACUGACAUAUGAGGAGUUCUCCGUCUUCUACAAGAUGAUGUCUCUGAGACGGGACCUGUUCCUGCUUAUGAUGGCGUACAGUGACAGGAAGGACCAUCUGACUGCAGAAGAGCUUACCAACUUCCUGCGCAAUGAGCAGAAGAUGACCAACAUGACUUCAGAGUAUGUUGCCGAAAUAACUGAAAAGUUCGAGGUGUCUGAUGAAAACAAACAAAGAGGCAUUUUGGGGAUAGAAGGUUUUACAAGUUUUAUGCGCAGUCCAACCUGUGACAUUUUCAACCCUUUGCAUCAUGAAGUGAACCAGGACAUGGAGCAGCCUCUGUGUAACUACUUCGUUGCCUCCUCUCAUAACACAUACCUGACCGGAGACCAGCUCCUCUCCCACUCCAAGACGGAUAUGUACGCCUGGGUGCUGCAAUCUGGCUGCCGCUGUGUUGAAGUUGAUUGUUGGGAUGGAGCUGAUGGAGAGCCGAUGGUGCAACAUGGAUACACCCUCACAUCCAAAAUAACAUUCAAGUCUGUCAUAGAGACCAUCAACAAAUAUGCCUUCAUAAAUAACCAAUAUCCAGUGAUUCUGUCCAUCGAGAACCACUGUAGCAUCCAGCAGCAGAAAAAGAUUGCACAGUACUUGCGGGAAAUCUUCGGAGACAAACUAGACGUGGGAGAUGUGCUGAGCAGAGACUUCAAAACAUUACCCAGUCCACAUAGCCUGCAAGGGAAGAUCCUCAUCAAAGGAAAGCGCCUGCCCGCCUAUCUGUCUGCGGAUGCUGAAGAGGGGGAGGUGUCUGACGAUGACAGCGCUGAUGAGAUUGAAGAAGACUUCAAACUCAAAAGCAGUAAUGGCAAUGGCCAUCACCAAGUGGAGUCUCACAUCAGAAAGAAACUAGAUUGUCUCCUCAAGGAGUCUCGAAUUGUAGACAAGGAGGACACCGACAGCUUCAGCAUCCGAGCUCUUCUUAGAGCAACACACCAGGGCCUUCAGAAGAACCUACGGCAGAGCUCCAAAGGGGUUCUGAAGAAAUCCCAAAGCAGGUCCCUUAUCACAACACUCAAACAGAAGAGGCACUCCAAAUCAAGGCUGGCAUGUCAAAGCAUGGAGAAAGAGGAAGAUGUUCAGGAAAAAUCUGGGAGAGAGGCUGGAGGACAGUUCAACAGGGGUGGAAGGAAGAGGAAGACAAUAAAACUAAGUAGAGAUCUGUCAAACCUGGUGAUCUUUACCAAUUCGGUUGCCUCACAGGAGUGCUUAAAUGAAGGGAGUCCAGGUGACGUUUUGUCGUUCAGCGAGACCAGAGCGCAAUCGCUGGUCAACCACAGGACUGAGCAGUUCCUGGCUUUCAACCAGAGACAGCUGUCAAGGAUUUAUCCCUCAGCCUAUCGUAUCGACUCAUCUAAUUUUAACCCGCAGUUCUACUGGAACGUUGGUUGUCAGUUGGUUGCACUGAACUAUCAGACAGAUGGGCGGAUGAUGCAGCUCAACAGAUCCAAGUUCAUGGUGAAUGGAGGUAUUGGCUACGUCCUCAAGCCCCCUCCCAUGUGUAAAGGCUCUUUCAACCCAUUCAGCGAUGACCCACUUCCAGCUUACCCCAAGAAGCAGCUCAUACUCAAGAUCAUUAGUGGACAGCAGCUGCCCAAACCACCGGACUCCAUGCUGGGGGACCGUGGAGAGAUUAUUGAUCCAUUCGUUGAAGUGGAGAUCAUUGGUUUGCCCGUUGACUGCUGCAAGGAACAGACGAGAGUUGUUGAUGAUAAUGGUUUUAAUCCAGUGUGGGAGGAGACUCUGUCCUUCACACUUCACAUGGCUGAGCUGGCACUUGUACGUUUCCUUGUCUGGGACCAUGACCCAAUCGGACGAGACUUUAUUGGUCAACGGACUGUUGCCUUUAGCAGCCUGAUGCCUGGUUACAGACAUGUUUACCUGGAGGGACUGACAGAGGCUUCCAUCUUUGUGCAUGUGUCAGUGCAUGAUGUCUAUGGGAAGUGGAGCCCUCUUGUCCUGAACCCAAGUUUUACCAUAAUGCACUUUUUAGGAACUAGCAAGAGUCAUCAACUACGAGGCAUUCGAGGUUUCUUCCACCGUUCCUCCAAGUCCUCGGUGGACACAAACACCUCUGGUCUUCGGAAGCGCUCAAUUAGUGAUCACCUCCUGCGACGAACAGCUAGCGCCCCGGCAAAGGGACGGAAAAAGACAAAGAUGGCUCUAUCGGAGUCAGUUGCUUCAAUAUCUGAUCAUAGGAAUGGUGCUGAUGCAGGAGCAUCAGGAGGAGAAGGGCUCUCAGUGAGGGCAGAAGGAGCUGAAAAGCCACUUCAGCCUCGAGUCCCACUUAUCCAUAGACCCAUUUCCAUGCCAUUAGAUCGGCUCCUGCAAGGGCAGCUGUCAAUCUGCUCCCCAGACAAGGAGCAGCAUGAUAUUGGUGCAGACACUAUCAUCGGAACUUCCCGAUUCAACAGGUCCAGGUCUUCCUCUGUGGAUGUUUUCAUUAAACCAUCUUUUUCUGUUAAUUCGAAGAUCUCUAUCCCUUCAAAGACGAACAGAAAGAAAGAGUAUGAUCGACCAGAAGACAGUUCCUAUCUGGUAAUUGGUGGUGGAGGAAUAGGAAAGGAAGAAGUAUAUGUCAAUUACCAAUCAGAACUAAGCAAAUCAAAUAAUGUCCCCAAAGAAACAGAGAAAACUUCCACUAUGUAUCUUUCAGCAAAAAGCCAGACAACAUCAGGUCAACCAGAAACAUCAUCCAAUAGUACAACAUUCACAGUUGCACCUUCAGUCUCUUCAUCCUCAUCCUUGUCCUCAGCCCCUUCAUCUUUGACUGCUGUUUCUGGAGCAAACUAUGUUCUAAAAAGUCCCUGCACCUUACAUGAUAGCACUAUGUCCAGACUCAUUGAUGCCGUAUCGUUAGGCAAUGAACAAGACACUUUUUGCUCUGUUUCUGCUCUGAUUGAUCAGUUUGAAAUGACGGCUGACCAAAAAAGUCUAACUGAAUCAUCUCAUAACAUCACUCCAUCCCAGACUUUAACCUUUAGGCCUACCUCACCUAAAUCCCAAGAAGAUCUAAAGUUUUCUUUUAUUGCUAAGACAUCUCCUGAAAAGAAACUCUUGAUAAAUCCCCAAAAGACAAAUCAUGUAGGUAGUAAAAUUUGUUCACCCAACAAGACUUCCCAAGCAGAUAAACUUGCUUCAGUUCUCAUCUCGAGCCCAGAAAUUGCUGAGCUUGAAGAGGUCUACACUAUUCUGGAUGAGGAAAUUUUGACACCUGUGUCUGUGUACAACCUGAGGAAGCAGACAGUUUAUGUUCAGGCAGAUACUACAGGGAGCACACCUUCAAGCAGUCUAGCAUCGUCACCGGUAAAAACGAUUCACAACUUAGGGAAAGGAAGCAGUGUGGGCUGGAAUGGGGUAGAAAGAAUGUGGGGUGAGAAUAAAGACGUUGUAGAGCCAGAGGAGAGGGUGUAUGAGGAGAUGGAAGAUGCUCCUGCUCCUGCUAAAAAAGAGCAGGGUACUUCUAAAAGGUACACAAGCCCUACCUCCAGUGACUGUGUUCAGAUUCUCCACCAUUCAACUGGAGAGUCAUUUACAGAAGUGGAGUUGAAUGUUGAUGAAGAUCUCUUACAAAUUAUGCCAAACCACAGCAAACAGUGGGGUAGACUUGCAAGUCCGGUUAAACACCAAGCUAUUUACCAAAAUGAUGACUUCUCUCCUAGCUACUCAAAACCCAAACACGAUUCUUCAUAUCCUCAACCACAGUACCUAACACAAUCAUCUCAUGCAGAACUUUCACAGUUUUUGAUCCGAAUGAGUACCCAAUCCCAUCAAAUGACCAAUCACCAUCAACAAAACAACUCACAAGUUCCACUUUGCCAGAGAUAUGUCAACUCUGGACCCUCAAACCCAAGUCCUCUAUGUCAGAAUAGCUACCCCAUACCUCAGAACAACUUUGAGGUACUUAACAACAGACAAGCUUCUGACUUAAGGAGCUGUAGUUCGACCCUGAUCUUCAACAGGUAUCAUCAACACAGACCAGAAAACAAUCCAAUUAAAACAGAGAGAGGGGGCUUCUACAAUGGUUUUUCCUCUGCUGAAAGUCUCCCACGUCAGUGUGCUGUAUCUCAGAGCAGGUCUGGACUCAGAAGUCUAAACUCUCCUUCUUUAGAAUGUGAAGCAUUGUACAGCGAACUGGACUAUGAUUGUAUCAUGCCCUCAUCAGAGUCAAUAACUUCUCAAAACAUCCAACUACAUAGCAACGGUCAAACACACUCUAUACAGACUGGGAAAUGUAAGACUAAUCCCAUUGAUAACAGACAAUAUCAACAGUCCAAAGUCAGAGAAUCAUUGCAAUCAAAUUUAAGGCCUUCAUCUGCAUAUCUCCAGUCUUCUAUUACAGAUUCCACUGCCCUUAAAACAUGCAAGUCUAAGUCUCUUGGAGACCUGACCUCUGAGGACAUUUCAUGCAACUUUCAAAGCAAAUACCACAUAAUAAGUCGAAGUUUCAUCACUCCUCACACAACAAGGCCAAAGCCUAUAGAUGCAAAAGGGAAACACUCUUUUCACAUAAAAUCUUCUGAUCCACUUACAGAACAGCUACGCAAACUGGUUAGCUUGGAGUUAGAUGAAGGUCCCAGAGAAAGACCCCAAUCCCUUCAGUUGCAACAAGAAGCAAAAAUCCAACAGGCACAACCCCAAGAAACAAGUAUAUCUCCAAUUGCUUCAAGAGAUGUAGAUGAUUCCCCUCCUCCAUUCCUUACCCGCCGCCUGUCUUCACGAAGCCAAAGCCGAGUGCGCCACAUCAACAGCCGUGCUCGCGAGAGACAACAAGAGGCCCUUAAAGCUCGGCCAGGUGUGGUGAUCAGUAGUGCUGACAGUAUUGGUGGAGUGGUAAGGAGGAAUAAACCAUCUCUUCAGAAUCAAUCCUCUAACAGACACUCCACUGGCUCCUACAUAGCUGGCUACCUUGAUGACCUGGAGGACAGAGGACUCCCCGAAGGAGCCUGCUCGUCAGCACGUUACGGCAAUGUGGACCAUUUUAAAGAUCAGUGUUAUACAGAUGACUCUCUCCCACUUGGAAACAAUUGUCAUUCAGAAUCUGAACCUGAAGUAUACUUUCUGCUUAGGUUGUAGCUUUGACUGUGCAAUGACAUGGAAUAAGGACAGAGUGCUUAACUUUCUUUAGAUUCAAUUUUACCAAAAGCCAGAUGACCAUUAAGAUGAAAUAUUGCACUUGUUUUAUUGACAUGUCUGGGCUGUUAAUAGUCUGCAAUAUGAGCAAAACAUUACAUAUAAUCCAUGGUUGGACCUGAAAGCAUGAAAUGUCCACUUUCCUGUCAAGAAUGGUGUUGUUGACUGUGUAUUGUCUGUAUUCUCCCUAAUGUGUAAAUGUACUUGGGGACUUUGACUUCAAAUGGCUUCCUGGACACAUUGUACAGUUUCUUGUUAUCUUUGUCCUUGUGUUGUACUGUCCAAUGUAUGUACAAUUACAAUGAAGCAAAAAAAAGAAAAAAAGCAGAUAAAUAAUGUCUUUCUUUGCAUAAUUUGAAUGUGUAGAAUAAUGAAAAGGCUACUUUUAAUAGAUGGGAUUUAUGUUUUCAUUGAUCAAAUGUAAGUCUUCCUCCUCUUUUUAGUGGUAUUUCUUUAUGUGUGUUGUUUGAAAAUACCCCUAAUAUGAUUUUUCAUUUGAUCUCAGUUUUAGCAGAGAAUUACCUUCCAUCUAUGUUUGUGCAUGUUACAUGUGAACAUGUCAAGCAUGACUAUGCACUAGUUUAUACAAUAGAUGUUGGUUUACCCAAACACAUUUGCACAGAGCAAACAGAGGUUAUAUGCAUGUUUGUAUUGGGUGCAAUACAGUACAUUAACUUCUGUGCUUGGACUUAUUACUCUCGAUAACCUGUAGAAUUUGAUGGCAAAAAAUUUAAAGAAUUGGAAUUUAAAGGUUUUUAUUUUUAUAAUUGCUUUGAUACAGACAGUGGAAAUACGCUUGUUCUUUCUGGUUAUUUUGUUUUGUAUAACUUAAUGGCCUGAGCAAAUAAAGAGAUAAAUACACAGGGUCAACCAAGGAAGAGAAGACAGCAAUGCUGCUGGUUUGUUUUCUUUUGAAAAAUUGUUUCAGUAUUACUCCACGCUUUGUUUUGUAUUGUUGCUCACUGCAGAACUGUGAGGAUUUUUCCUAUCAAUGCAAUAAAAUAUAGAAAUAAUUGGUUUGAACAAA